UUUAUAACUAGUUGGCAGCAUCGCCUCGCACUGAACAUACCACCUGUAUAACAGCUGAUUUUUUACUUAUAAGAAUCGAAUAUCACCUGCAUACAUAAUUCUUAUUUUGAUUUGCUAUUAGCUAAAUUCAGCUUAGAAAUGUCCUUCUUAAAUGCGUUAAGCCGAUCGUUGCUUGGUGCUGUCAAUGUUGCGCAAGUCAUAAUAAAUCGGGAGGCACAUGUUUUCAAUCGCACAAUAUUGAAGACUAAGCUUCGUUGCCACUUCCCCAAGCCACGCGAAGUGAAACGCAUAAACGUACAUGGUUGGGACACGCGUAUGUCUACACCAGAGGGACGUCGUGUGUUAAUGCGCCGCAUACUUAAAGGCCGACAUGUACUGUCGCAUUAAUAAACAGCAGUUCAAUGAAAGUGUAUGAUUUUAAGUGAAUAUAAUACAAUGUUAAAAGAUAAA